AUGUACGAUAAUGGAGAGGACGGUGGCGGAUAUCGUCAGGGACCUAAGUAUUGGUGUAACGAUUUGAGUAGUGGUAUUGUGAUGGUCUAUACAUGUACACUUUAUUCAAUUCUCGAGCAGAAACUGAGAGAUGGACCAUAUGAUCUGUCUGUUCUACCUGGCGAGGACAUCUGGGUCUACGCUGGUCAUCCAGAAAUUGAAGAUGAUCGAGAAAGUAUGACUGGCGCUACGGUUGACGAAGAUGAUCAAGGUCUAUCCAUCGCAGCAGAGGAAGACGAUAAUAGCCAUGCUUUCCUCGUCUUCUACUGGAAUGAUGGAUACAGCUGCCACGGCGAGUUCAGGCAGUACGGUAUCAUUGGGGGAAAAAAGUUUCCGGUGCCAAGAGCUAUCUUUCAGGAGCUGAAUGUCAGUGCCUCGGGACAGAAUGUACUGUGGAGGAGGUGGAGUACAUGGCCAACGGCGGUGGCACCGAUGAUGACGCAUCCAGUGAAGAUGGGCCUAAUGAGGACGAGGGGGCAGCUGGAUAGAGCAGCAAAAUGGGUACGAAGAGGAAAGCGGAGUCUAAUCUUCCCGAGAAACAGUCAAAGCCCGAGACUCGGAAAACUUGAAAUUCACCUUUGUCCAAAAAUCUUUCGGAAUCGAAACAGUACAGAGGAGGAGGCCCCUAACGCACUCAAACGAUGGUCGAAUUUCAAGACCCGGAAACCUAAAAAGUAG